AUGUCUGUUGUCGUUCCUCAUGAGAAUCUCGCAGAAGAUUUUGAUGAUGAAUUAGAAGACAGAGAUCAGUAUUUUGUGCAGAAACUUGUUGAGGAGUUCGAAGACGAGCCAUCGAUUCUUCACAACGAAUAUCCAGAGACUGAGAGUGAUAGUGAAGAAGAAGCAGAGGAAGGCGAACCUCUUGUAGGAAGACAGCGAACCCCUCAUAUCAGGCGUGGUGAUGGACCUGAUGGCCAUUUGUACAAAGACCAGACCUUCUUCAAUGGAGUUGCUUUCAAAGAAGCUGUUCUUGACUAUGCACUAAAAAGCAAACGAAAUCUGAAGCAAUACAGGCUAUUUUUAGAUAAAAUCCGAGAGGAACCAAGUUACUACAUGCCAAUGAAGAUUGAAGAACAGAUUCAAAAAUGGGGUAUAAUUGUAUCUAGGCCUCAAUGUCAAGCAGCUAGGAAUAAUGCAUUGAAGUGGAUUGAUUGGGAAUAUGAUCAGCAGUUUUCCCGUCUCCGAGAUUAUGCUGCUGAGUUGCUAGAGUCAAACAAAGAUUCGACUGUGGAGGUUGACUGUUUGACAAAUGCGGAAGGUCAAGAUGUGUUUAAUAGGUUUUAUGUAUGCUUUGAUGUCAUCAGAAGAACCUGGAAAAAUACUUGUAGGCCAUUGCUAGGUCUUGAUGGCACCUUCUUCUCAGGGAAAAUUAAAGGAACUGUAUUGGUGGCUAUGGGUAGAGAUGCAGAUAAUCGGAUAUACCCUGUAGCUUGGGGUGUAGUUUCAGUGGAAAAUUUUGACAAUUGGCAAUGGUUUCUGAGGAAGUUGAAGAUCGAUUUGCAACUUAAUGAUGGUGAUCAAUACAUCAUUGUUUCUGAUCGACAAAAGGGAUUGAUCAAAGCGGUUCAAGUAGAGUUACCAAAAACUGAGCAUAGAAUGUGUGUCAGACACAUCUAUGGGAACUUGAAGAAAAAGCAUCCAAGCAAAAAACACAUGAAGCCUUACAUAUGGAAUUUGGCAUGGAGCUACAAUGAACCAGAGUUUCUGGAAAACUUGGACAGGCUAUUCAAUUACGACAGUGGUGUGUACAAUGAUGUGAUGAAGCAAAAUCCCAGGAGUUGGUGCAGAGCUUUCUACAAGAAAGGUAACUAUUGUGAAGACGUGGAAAACAACUCAACAGAGUCGUUUAACAAGACAAUAAAACAGGCUAGAGGGAAGGCAUUUGUUCCAAUGCUAGAGACCAUAAGAAGAUUGGCUAUGGCACGUAUUGCCAAGAGAUCGGCCAAAUCUCAUGGUCACAAUGGGAUUUGUACACCAUAUGUUGCUAAGUUUCUUGAAAAAGAGCACGAAGAAGCUUCUAAAUGUAUUGUCACUGCAGCCACUAAUGGGUACUAUGAAGCAAAGCUAGAUGGUUGUCCUUACCGUGUAAACUUGGAUCGGAGAACUUGCAGCUGCCAUAAGUUUGAAAUUUGCGGAAUUCCUUGCAAGCAUGCAUAUGGAGUGAUAAUGGUGAAAGUGAAGGUACCUGAGGAUUAUGUUUGUCACUGGUUCCGCACAGCGACGUGGAAGAGAAACUAUGAAGAAGGGCCUAUUCCAGUGAGAGGUAUAAAGUUUUGGCCAACAACAGGUGCUCCAAAGGUCCAUCCUCCUCCUGUACCUGAUAAAUCGGAGGAUAAAUCAAAGGAUCCAUCGGUGGAUCAGUUGGUGGAUCAAUCCAAGAGUAAAAAGACAACCAAAGCCGACCACAAAAGAAAAAGAGGAGUUAAUGAGUCUCCAACCAAGAAGGCACCAAAGCUUAAAAAGAGGAUAAUGCAUUGUGGAGUUUGUGGAGAUGCAAACCAUAACUCAAGGAAACACAAGAAUGAUUCUAACAAGGGUCAAGGAGAAGCCUCUCAAGCGAAUCUCACUCAAGCUGAAUCCUCUCAAGGGACUCUCACUCAAGCUCCAUCUUCUCAAGCAACAUAG